GGAGUCCUGCUCCUGUGAACUCUGUCUGUUCCGUUCCACUCCAACCUCAUUAAAAUAAGCGCCUGGUUUCCUCCUUAGCAGAGCCCAAUCAUGGGGGCAUCUGUAAGUGUAAGGAACCAAACUCCCUACAUUUGGCACUAUGAAGUUAUCGGUGACGGAGGUGGCAGUGGCACAUUGUACAGUGGGGGUAGUGUAGAAAAUAAACUAAACUCUAGAUGGAUCCAUAACUACCUGAACCUGAGAUAUGACACUCACAGUUGGAACUCCUUCUCAUAUGAAUUCAACAGUAACAAGGGGAACGGGGAUAUAACAUUCACAAUUAUAGAGACCAGCAACCGUUCAUAUAUUCAGCUACUGUGCAGCACAGAGAAUAACAGUCCAACAUGUCCAAACUAUGGGAAGCAAGAGGAGGACCGCAUCCGUCAGCAGCAGGAGGAGAUGGAGCGGCGAAGGCAGGAGGAGCAACGAAGACAACAGCAGGAGGAGAGGAGGCGCCAGGAGCAACUGGAAAGGGAGAGAAGGAUCCAGCAAGAAAUUGAAAGGGAGAGAAGGAUCCAGCAAGAAAUUGAAAGGGAGAGAAGGAUCCAGCAAGAAAUUGAAAGGGAGAGAAGGAUCCAGCAAGAAAUUGAAAGGGAGAGAAGGAUCCAGCAAGAAAUUGAAAGGGAGAGAAGGAUUCAGCAGGAAAUUGAAAGGGAGAGUGAACUUUCUGGUAAGAAGGUGUCAAAGGGACAAGAGAAGUUGAGACAGAAGCUGAGUCUAAAAGCACAGCAGUUCAAUCACCAGCGGACACAAGUUCUACACCAGACGAUAGAAGAUGACGCUGCAGCCAUCCAGAGGGAUGAGCCAGCGGAUUUAACAAUAAAGUUUGAAGAACUUCUGGAAAAAUAUAAAAUCACUGAAGAUAGACAAGACGACAAGCAAGAGGAAAGACUUGAAAACCGGAUGAAAAGUCUUUUGAAUGAACUAACACUUCGAUACUUUGGAGAACCUCAGCAGGCCAUCUGGUGUCAGUUGACAAUAGAUCGUGCUAUCAGUGAAGGUCAGCAUUCACUCACUGAGCAGUUUAGCAUCCUCACUGCUGUGACAGAGCUAACGUUGGCCAACAAAGUUUACCUACCAGACUUGGACCAGAAAUAUGACUUUCUCAUCUGUCUCCUUCAACAUCUGUAUAGCACAAAUCCCACACUGGCACAACAACUUCUUCUGAGCAUUCUUACAAUGUUCCCAGAGGUGUCGGAAAAAAACAAGUUGCUUCUUAGACAAAUUCUCUUCAACAUGAUCUGGGCACCCUCAGAAAUUCUGCUCUUUUUACAAGGUGUUUUAGGCAAAGACCAAGAACUGGUAACCUCAAUCCUUCACACAGUGAGGACAAACAAAUUGGAUCUUCUCACUACUUUAUCUGCCCUGAAAGAAAAUGAGCCUGUCAAAUAUUUACAGUUGUAUGCUGAGACAGAACGGGACAAGGAUGCCAACACCAUUGUAAAUGAAAUGCGAAAUGAAAAGUACCCAGAUAAAUUACUGUCUAUUAUGGAGGAAAUUCUAGGGUUUAUGACUGAGGAACUUCCAAAACAUGCAAAAGAGGACUUGAAUCCGGUAACUAUAGAUGAAACAAAGCAGAUGAUCAAGUCACUGGAUUUGACUAACCCUGACCUUGCAGUUCUGAAGGUGAUAUUAUUAAGGAUGUCUAUUGCAGUGCAAGACUGCUCAACCAUUUACUUUCAAGAGGGUAAAAAUAUAGAAGGCUAUUUUCCUUGUAUUAAUCCACAGGAAUCUCUGCUAACAGCUGAGAAAAUAGAAGGCUACUUUCCUCGACUCACUCAGCUGGCAUCACUUCUCAUGCUCCUUCUACCACAGUUAACAGGGGAAAAAGGUAUCCUUCUUGAAAUUGGAACAGGUGAAGGAAAGUCUUGCAUCCUGGCCAUGUUUGCCACCAUCCAGGCCAUCCGUGGUAUUAACAUUGACAUUGUGACCAGUUCUCCUGUCCUUGCUCGCCGAGACCAGGAAGAGUGGAAGAAAUUGUACGACAUGUUUGGUGUCACGUCUUCCGUUGUACCGCCACCACAGAUCGAAGGAAGCUCCCCUGAAAGCAGGGAUAGUAAGCUACAGGAGGCUUACAAGAAACAAUUAGUUUAUGGAACCGUUGGUAGCUUUGCAGCAGAUGCAUUGAGGCAGGAAUUUGAGAAGGACACCACACGUGGGGAGAGGACGUUUGACAUGGUGAUUGUGGAUGAAGUAGACUACAUGACUUUGGACAAUGGAGUUCAGGUGACGUUUCUUUCCCACGAGGCAAGUGGACUGAGGCAUCUUGACCAAGUCCUUGCUAGUAUAUGGUCCAUGGUAUCUAUGUGCCAGCCAAUUGAGAUGGAAGAUACUGGAGAGAUUGAGUGGGCAACUGGAAUCCAGCAUUUUCACAAGGCUGCAAAGGUAGCUGUGAUCGGUUCAGAGACUUCAGAAAAGUUCUCAGAAUUUGAUAUUUUGGCCACCGGAGUGCAGUUGGGUAUUUUUUCAGGUGAAGAAUUUAACACAUUCAUGCAAGUCCUAGAGAAAAACGAGAAAGACAACACAAUGGAGAAUAAAGAAAUUGUUGAUACAUUCAUGGCCAAAGUUGGAGUUCCUCAACAGUGUGAUUUGCUCACCAUCCUGGAAACCGCACUAGAAAAUACUGUGGCCAUUGACUGCUACACUGUGACAAACAAUAAAGCAAUACUGGUUGAGAAGAAAACAUUGGACCACAACCCAGAUGUCCUGGAUAUCAAAAUGCUUCUCCUUGAAAAUGGCAGAGCCAGUGAGAUUAUGCCUCAAGACAAACUUAUUAAAGCAACAGUCGCUGAGCUGAAGUCUAAAAUUAAAUAUUCGCACAAAUAUGAACUAAAUUCUGAUUUUCUUGUUAUCCCCUCUUUCCUUGAGAAAUACCUUGAGGAUCGGUUACCAGUCUUUGUUCAAAAUGCGGUAAAAGGCAUCAUGAUGACAGAAGGCAGAGAAUACAUGAUUGAUCAGGUAUUGGAGGAUGUCAGUGACAAGCAUCUCUACCAUGCCAUCAUUCCAGUAGAUUUUCAGGCUAGUGGAGUGUUGGAGAAGAACAAACGCUGGGGGGACGGUCUGCAGCAGUUCCUGGAGAUAAAACACCAUUUGGCCAUUACUCCUUUGUCCAAUGUGACAAAUUACCUAUCAAACAUUCAUUACUUCAAAAGAUACCUGAAAGGGAAUGGGCUAUUUGGUGUUUCUGGGACAUUAGGGGGUGAUGCUGAUAAGGAUUUCCUGGCAAGGCAUUAUGAAACAAAUAGCUACACAAUACCAGCACACCGCCAUAAGAAAGUUGUUGAGCUUCCAGCAAUUCAGGUUAGUGGGAAAGCCCAGUGGAUGGAGAUCGUCUGUAAGACAGCCUGCAGAGUGGCAGAUGGUGGUCAGGUUGUCUUGGUCAUAUGUGAGGAUGUCAAGACAGCAAAUGAACUUCAGAACAAAAUGUCGAGAGAAAAUCCACAUCCCCACAUUACAUUAUAUACAAUCAGUGAGAAGGACAGCAUUGAGACCACCAAAUUCCUUGGAGGGCAUAUUAUCAUAGCCACAAAUCUAGGAGGCCGUGGAACAGAUAUCAAAGUUGAUAAGGAUGUCAAUCUCUGUGGUGGACUCUUUGUCCUCCUGACACAUUACCCUGCCAACCGCAGGGUGGAGAAACAGGUGUUCGGACGAACUGGUCGGAAGGGAAACCCGGGCAUGGUCCAGAUGAUCGUCUGUGAGGAUAAACUUGCCCCAGCAUACCAAGGCCAGCCUGUGGAGAUCAUGAGGCAACUAAGAGAAGAUUACGAAGUCGAACGCAUCAAGGAUAUGGAGACAGAAGAGCUUCUUGAAAUCAAAAUGAAAGAGGACCUGUUUGAAAUGUUUUGCCAUUUUCUGGAAAGGUUUGACAGCAACUUCACAAAACAGGAGAAAGAAGACCUGUCAGGAAUGAAGCAGAAUGAUGUCCCUCAAUGUUUCGAAGACAGAAGCACUAAGUUUGAUUACCAGCCAGCACUCAAUGCUUUGAAAGAAACAUGGUCAUUGUGGCUCACCCUUCAUGAGGAGCACAUCAACAGACAUGAAAAUAUUGAUGUUCUUAAAGCAGACCUUCUUGAGCAUCUCACAAACAGGAGCAACAUGCUAUUGAAUGGAAAAAGUCUUAAUUUCUAUGACCACAUCAAGCAGGCUAUUGGCAGAACAGAUCUGCACUGCCGCAACAAAAAUAAGUGUGACUAUGGUGCAAAAUCCUACUGGAAAGAUGUUGAAGACUGUGACCCUUUUUAUGGUGCUGUGGCACUGUACAACCAAGCCUUCAUCACCAUCAACCUGGCCAAGGGGGACUACAAAGCAGAGGCACGUGACUUACUGGAGAAGGCAAAGACAAAGAUUGAUGUUUACCUUUCAGAAACAACAAACACUAUGGUUUCCUUUCAGAUUGCCAUGAGAGGUAACUUUGAACCACGUCAUGAGGGAAAACCGAACUUUUUAAAGCAAAUAGAUUCCAGGAUGAGCAUCUACAAAGCUUGGAUCCAUAACAUUACCCUGGCAGUGGAUAAACUGAAAGAGCUUCAGGAUAAAGGCACAGCCAUAACAGAGGAAUCUUCAGUAUUCAGCCUCUCAGAAAAUCAAGACUACAUCACUGCGAAUGAACUCACAGCCAUGUAUGAGAACGGCCUGUUUAUUGUGUUUGAAGUGAAAAAGAAACCUGAGUUCUGUUUUGAUGCUUUGAUCUGUUUCUUUAUUGGAAUGUGUCAGGUCAUCCUUGGAAUACUGGUUUGUGCCCUGUCGUUUGGGGCUGCAACCAAUUUUGGCUUUAGUUUAAUCUCUGAGGGUGUCAGUGACAUGAUAGAAGGGAUAACGGGAAUGAUAACAGGCACAUUCGAUUGGGCGUCCUGGGCUAUAUCCAAAAGUAUUAGCAUCGGAAUGUCUCUGCUCUCAGCAGGAUUCAGUGUCCUUAAAAAAGUGGCCAAGUCAGCGUAUCAUGCCACGAAGGGACUCCUCAAUGGUACAAAGACUCUUUCAUCUGUUGCAAAAGAUGUCAUUGGUGCAGGAAAACAUGCAUUCAAGUCCAUAAAGGGUGCAGUGAAAGCUGUGUCUACAGGAGUAUUAAAGUCUUCUACAGCAAAUAUAAAAACUGCUCUAAAACAUGCAACGAAGUAUGCAGUUCAGGAGGCAGCGAAGCAGGGCAUUGAAACGGCACUAAACUACACCAUUGAUACUGGAAUCCAAGCUGUCUUCAAAGAGAUUUUGAAAGAUGGUUUCAAGAUCUCAGUCUCAUCAACAGUCAACCAGAAUGCCAAACUGGGUAAUUGUCUCACUGAGUACAUUGCCUCUGCAGUACCAAAAGGAGCAUUGCAAAACAGUAGCAACUACAAGAUUGACCCAAAGCUUGAACAACAAAUGAAAGAUUUAGUUCAGAUAAUGACCAAAGAUCAAAUUCCUGAGCUCAUGAAUGAUGACACCACAUCCAAAGUAAGUGAAGUUAUCAGCAGACUCUCUGAGGUAUCCAAAAAAGGAUUGGAACUUGUAGAAAACAGUGAGAAAAAUAAACUGGUAAAAGGAAUAAAAAUCAGUUUAAAAAUAGCAGAACACUCCACAAACUUGGCCAAAAUGGUUCAGUCUAUUCCUACAGAGCAUGUUAUCAAUGACAUAUUUGUCCUUAAUUUAGUAAAAACAAUUGAAGACCAGCAACAAUAUCUGGGGAAGUACGACCAAGAUGGCAGACAUGGCUUACCAGACGUUAUUCGCUUGAAGAAUGAGUUUCUCUUCUCCAUCUCAGAAAGUGUCUCCGAAGCAUUCAUCGAUGCAUGUUCUGGUCAUAUGUCUUCCUUUGUGAAUGGAUAUGUCAAGAAGAGGUUCAAUGGAGCCACAGGAAAAGUAGUCAACAAUGUACUUGGCAGGUACAAAACAGAGGCCUUUUUCAAGGAUCUACAACACAAACACGAUAUGAAAACAGCCAGUCAGACGACAAGGAAAGCUUCAUCUGAAACUGAAACAAAAGAACUUCUGGACUAUGCAGAAAAGAUUAGUGAUGUGAAUCGUCCAGCCUCAGUCCUGGACAUUUAUGUCCUCACAAAUAGUGACCUGCUCCAGGGUAAAGGCAUCCAUUUGACAGUGGUGGAUCAACAUGGAAAAACACUCUCUGAGGAGUCCUAUCCAGGAACAAACAGGUCAGCUGGUCAAAUCACUCUAAGGCUGACCAAAGAGCCUCAGAAAACAGACAGUGAGAAAGGAAUAAUCUCCAAAGUAAAAGACAGAAUCAAAGGAGUGCAAAAUCUAUACAGUGGUCACUUUGACCUCAUCCAAGAUGGAAAAGUUAUUACUGUCCACUCAAAGAACCAGAACAGCUUCUACACUGCCAUGGCACAAGCAACAAUGUCAAACAAGACAAACGAUGAAAUCAAUAAUGAAGCUGUGAAUCUACGAAACAAUGUUAAAGACCAGAUAAAAAACAACCUUCCUGCUCAUUAUCAAAUGGUUCAAAGACAGAGGGCCUAUGAUGCACUUGAAAACAAUUGUGGAAAAUAUACUAUAGUUGGAGGGUCCACAACAGAUAGAGAGAUUCAUGUGGAAUAUGAGAAGAAUAUAAAUCCAAUGAAGAAGGCUUGUUAUGGUUCCACUUGGCUAACUGAGUAUAAAAUUGCCAAAAUCUACCACCUUGCAUUAGUUGGUCCUUACAAAAGAGUCAAAUACACCAGUCUGUUCUCUCAUGACAUGGAGGACCGAGGUAUUGUUGAGGCAGACCAAAUCCCACCCAAGGAUUCUUUAAAGUUGGCCAGAGACCAUCCACAGAUAGAAAAUCUCAGACAGAAGAAUCCAAAGCUUUAUGAUAUGAUAAACAGCAUUGAAUCUGAUCCAAAUGGAAUGAACCUGCUUGCAAUGCGAGUCCUCAAACAGCAUCACAGAGAUGCUCUGACCACCGGAAGCAGUAAGGAGUCUGACAACUGCAGGAAACUGCUGGCAGACACACUUGUAAAUGGAGAUGCAGAGAAAUCACUUAAGCUCUCUUUCAUCAUGGCUCAUCCUGUGGCUUCCAACCAGCUCCUACACAAUGCAGGAAAUCCUCUUUCCCUGGGCUCUAACGCCAACUUCAUGUCUACUGAAGGUACAGUGUCCUACUACAAAGCUGGCUUCAAUCAGAUGCUGAAUCAACACAAUGAAAAGGGAAUCAUAGAUCAGAAUCAGCUGGAGAGGCUGAAGUCCUGGGUGGCUGAUGACAAAUACCUGGACCUCAAUACCCCUGAGUACACUGAUGUACUUAAAGCCAUUGAAUGUAAAAACCUUCCAUAGGGAAAUGUUCAUUUUAUUUUCUUAGCAUAUACAAGAAGAUGGUGGUAAAGGCCUAAAAUCACAUUUCUAUCCAGCCGUGUAAUCAUAAUGGAAAUCAUGUCUUUUUAAACUUCAUAUAAUAAUAACUGAACAUUCAUAUUGGUAGUUUAAAAUAAUUUGCUUUCUUAGCAGGACAUUUGCUUGCAAUUGAUUAUUACUUUCAUAGCCUACCUACCUUUUAAAAGGAAGAUAUCAUAUUAUCUUUUUAAUAUAGAUAGAGUAACAUAUCAGCAAGUUGCAUGAAAUAUAAGCUUGCUAAAUGAACGCUAGGUUCUUUAUAGUAGAUUGCGAUUUACUUUUAAGUUUUAUUCAUUCACUGCCAUCUAUGGAAUCAUAGGAAUGGCAAAUGUCAGUAAAUGGUUAUUUGAUGAGUAAAUUAUCUAAAAGGAUAGUUAAAUAUAGACAUUUGUUUAAUCCAACAAAGUAAAAAAUACAUUUAAAAAAUGCUCUUCCAUUUAUUAUCUACUCACCUUUAAAGUGUUCAGAACCUAACUUUUAAUUUCAGGCCUAGAAUAAUUUAUCUAUUUCCUAUUUUCCUCCUGAGAUAUUUCCCAUUUUACUUAGGGAAAGGAAAUUAUUAAACACAUUUAUUUUUAACUGUCCUUUUAAUUAAUGUACUCAUCAAAUAACCUUUUACUGAUAUUGGUCAAUCCUGGGAUUCCAUAACCAACUCUUAUAUUUGGCAAAUACCAACAUUUUCCUUGGUGACUUAAUGCGAUUAUAAACUGGUUACCAACGCAAUUAGAGCAGCAGAAUGUGCUGUGAUAUCAUACCUGUGGUAUACAGUACAGACUAAUUUACCACAGCUAUCAGCCAAUCAGCAUUCAGGAUGCAAACCACUCAGUUUAUUAUUAAGCAAUAAGGCACCGGGAUGUGUUAUAUGGCCGAUAUACCACACCUAAAACCAGUUUUUAGGCACGAUUCCUUUAUACAGCACUGUGACAUACAGUGGGGAGUAUAAGUAUUUGAUACACUGGCGAUUUUGCAGGUUUACCUACGUACAAAGCAUGU